CGUCCGACAGCCACAGCGGCCAGAAAAGCGGCAGCGGCGGCGGCACCACCACUGCUCGCCCCCCAGCCGCCCGGCCCGCGAGGAGGCAGCGGCGGCCGCUGGCGGGGGCGGAGGCGGCGGCGGAGAGGCGAGGAGGAGCAGCGGGAGGAGCAAGAGCGCGCAGCCGGCGGGUCCACGCAUCUCAGCACUUCCAGAGCAACUCCGGCGCCUUCCACACCCCUGCCCGGGGCUGGGGGCUCCGAGAGCGGCCGCGAAGCCAACCCUAUCCUCCCUGCGAACCCUGCCCAGCCCUGCCCUGCGCCUCCCGGGCUCCGCUCCGCGCGGCGGGUUUCCCGCUCCUGCGCUCCGGGCGCGCCUCCCGGACGCCCGGGUCCCCGCAGCCAGGACAAAGCCAUGAAGCCGGGGCUGCUGGAAGUGAUGAGGAUGAACAGAAUUUGCCGGAUGGUGCUGGCCACUUGCUUGGGAUCCUUUAUCCUGGUUAUCUUCUAUUUCCAAAGUAUGUUGCACCCAGUCAUGCGGAGGAACCCCUUCGGUGUGGACAUCUGCUGCCGGAAGGGGUCCCGAAGCCCCCUGCAGGAACUCUACAACCCGACCCAGAGAUCCUUGGAGAGAGUUUCUCCACCUUGGCUGGAGCUCUCCAACACGGCCGUCCUGCACCAGAUGCGGCGGGACCAGGUCACAGACACGUGCCGGGCCAACAGCGCCGUGAGCCGCAAGCGGCGGGUGCUGACCCCCAACGACCUGAAGCACCUGGUGGUGGAUGAGGACCAUGAGCUCAUCUACUGCUACGUGCCCAAGGUGGCGUGCACCAACUGGAAACGGCUCAUGAUGGUCCUGACCGGGCGGGGCAAGUACAGCGACCCUAUGGAGAUCCCGGCCAACGAGGCGCACGUCUCGGCCAACCUGAAGACCCUGAACCAGUACAGCAUUCCCGAGAUCAACCACCGCUUGAAAAGCUACAUGAAGUUCCUGUUCGUGCGGGAGCCCUUCGAGAGGCUGGUGUCCGCCUACCGGAACAAGUUCACGCAGAAGUACAACACCUCCUUCCACAAGCGCUACGGCACCAAGAUCAUCAAGCGGCAGCGCAAGAACGCCACGCAGGAGGCCCUGCGCAAGGGCGACGACGUCAAGUUCGAGGAGUUCGUGGCCUAUCUCAUAGACCCGCACACCCAGCGCGAGGAACCCUUCAACGAGCACUGGCAGACCGUCUACUCCCUCUGCCACCCGUGCCACAUCCACUAUGACCUCGUGGGCAAGUACGAGACGCUGGAGGAGGAUUCCAAUUACGUCCUGCAGCUGGCGGGCGUGGGCAGCUACCUGAAGUUCCCCACCUACGCCAAGUCCACGAGAACUACUGAUGAAAUGACCACAGAGUUCUUCCAGAACAUCAGCUCAGAGCACCAGACGCAGCUGUACGAAGUCUACAAACUCGAUUUUUUAAUGUUCAAUUACUCAGUGCCAAGCUACCUGAAAUUGGAAUGAAGGGUGGAGGUGGGGAGAGGGGCGAGAAUCGUGCUUUUUAAUUUAAGAUUUUUAUUUGUCAAAAGAAUUCUAUGGAUAUUGGGUUAUUUUGUAAAUUAAUAUUUCUUUGGGGAUGAUGCUGCGAGCAGCAUAGUGAGAAUUAUUUAAAAUCCUUAGUGGGGAAGGACGGCUGUCUUUGCAGGGGACUAGGAUGGGUGUCCUUGUUUUUUAGACAUGAAUCCCCCAACACUGUUUCAGAGGUUUCUUUGUGUUCUGGUGAAUUCCAUGAAUUGUGCAUCCCAUAACUUCUAAUUAAUGUUAUUUAUAGUUAUUUAAACAUGGUCUCUGUAUAGAUUUCUUUUUGUGGCAGCAAGAUUCUGACGUCUUUGCAGAAGAGAUCUAUGUUUCGUUUUGUGCUUGCAGCAGCUCGUGCAGGGGCAUGAAUGUUCUCCUUAUUAACCGCUCAGAGAGUCACUGUGAUAACCACCAUUGUGCUGUCUGUUGAUACCACCAUUCUUGAAAUUCUGCUAGAAAUAAAUAGAAAGAGGCACCUUUGCAA